AAGUGGAGCUGAGCUCAACAAAGUCAUUGCUGUAACAGUGUGUGAAGAGAGCAGAAGAGGGGAAAUACAAUCUGAGAACUAAACUGCCAAAGCCUAACACCACCUAGCAACAGUUGAAAAAUUUUUUAAACAAAAGUCUGGGUGUGAGACAGACAGAGCAUACCUCCUAUUUCUCCUGACUGGGAUUUCCGUGAGGAGAAACUACGUUCCUCUUCUGUUCUCUACCCUAUUUUCUGCACUACUUCAACUGCUGGAAGACCUAGAAGAGUGGAAAAGGCUUAUCUCUGUGGGUGCUUCUGCACUGGACACUUUUCCAAGUCUUAAAUCUGCCUGGGUAGUGUGGAGCAAGCUGCUGUGAUCUACCAAGAACAAACUGACAUUGCAGAAUACAUUCCUAGGUUCCUACUGCUGUCAGGUGGGGAUGAGAUCCCGAAACCAAGGUGGAGAAAGCUCUCCUAAUGGGCAUUUCUCCAGUUCUAAGCCCAUUGUCAGCAAUGCAGAGAAUGAAAACCUUCAGGAAGAUGCCAAGAAAAAGAACAAAUCUCAUCGAAAGGAAGAGGAGGUCAUGGUCUCAGGGACUGUAAAACAACACUUAAAGUCACCGGCACCUGGUGAACGAAAGAACAAGAAAUCCAUAGAACUUUCUAAAGAGGACUUAAUCCGGCUCCUCAGUAUAAUGGAAGGAGAACUGCAGGCUAGAGAAGAUGUCAUCCACAUGCUGAAGACAGAGAAAACUAAACCUGAAGUUUUAGAGGCUCACUAUGGAUCAGCAGCUCCAGAGAACGUGCUGCGAGUGUUGCAUAGGGAUGCCAUCCUUGCCCAAGAAAAAUCCGUAGGGGAAGAUGUCUAUGAGAAACCCAUUUCAGAGCUGGACAGACUGGAAGAAAAGCAGAAAGAGACAUAUCGACGCAUGUUGGAACAGCUCCUCUUGGCAGAGAAGUGCCAUCGGCGCACAGUUUAUGAGUUGGAAAACGAGAAGCAUAAACAUACAGAUUACAUGAACAAGAGUGAUGACUUUACCAACCUCUUGGAGCAGGAGCGUGAAAGGUUAAAGAAGCUUCUCGAACAGGAAAAAAUCUAUCAAGCUCGCAAGGAGAAAGAACAUACAAAGAGACUCAAUAAACUGAGAGACGAAUUGGUCAAACUCAAGUCAUUUGCACUCAUGCUGGUGGAUGAGAGACAAAUGCAUAUUGAACAACUUGGUCAGCAAAGUCAGAAAAUACAAGAUCUUGCUCAGAAACUAAAGGAGGAAGAAGAAAAGCUUAAAGUUAUUAGUUCAAAAACAAAAGAAGAUGGACAAAAAUUGAUGAAAUUAGAAGCAGAACUUGAACACAAGACAUUAUCAUUUUCUCAAGAGCAUGAGGAGAUGACCGCUAAACUGGGUAAUCAAGAGUCACAUAAUAGACAGCUGAGACUUAAGCUGGUUGGUUUGACUCGUAGAAUUGAGGAGCUAGAGGAAACUAAUAAAAAUCUUCAAAAGGCUGAGGAAGAACUUCAGGAAUUAAGAGAUAAAAUAGCAAAAGGAGAAUGUGGAAACUCUAGCUUGAUGGCUGAAGUGGAAAACCUACGCAAGCGUGUACUUGAAAUGGAAGGCAAAGAUGAGGAGAUCACAAAAACUGAAUCCCAAUGUAGAGAGCUGAAAAAGAAACUGCAAGAGGAAGAACAUCAUAGCAAAGAGCUGAAAUUUGAAGUGGAAAAGUUGCAAAAGAGAAUGUCAGAACUGGAGAAGCUGGAAGAGGCUUUUAGUAGAAGUAAGUCUGAAUGUUCCCAGUUGCACUUAAAUCUGGAGAAAGAAAAGAAUUUAACCAAAGACUUAAUAAGUGAGUUGGACAUGGUAAAGACUCGAGUGAAAGAUCUUGAAUCUUCAGAAAGUAAGUUGGAAAAAGCUGAACUAAGCUUAAAGGAGGACCUUACCAAGCUGAAGUCAUUUACUGUCAUGCUGGUGGAUGAAAGAAAAAAUAUGAUGGAAAAAAUAAAGCAGGAAGAAAGAAAAGUUGAAGGUCUGAACAAAAAUGUUAAGGUAGAACAAGGUAAAGUUAUGGAUGUGACUGAGAAAUUAAUAGAUGAAAGUAAGAAACUUUUGAAACUGAAAACUGAAAUGGAGGAAAAAGUGUCCAGUUUAACAAAGGAAAGAGAUGAGUUAAUUGGAAAGCUGAAAACUGAAGAAGAAAAAUCCUCUGAACUGAGUUGUAGAGUUGAUUUGUUAAAGAAAAGAAUUGAAGGUAUAGAGGAAGUAGAAAGAGAAAUAGCAAGAGGUCGAGCCAGAAAAGGACAAGAACUUGCUUAUCAUGAGGACAACAAGAUUAAAGAACUAACCAUUGAAAUUGAAAGACUGAAAAAACGUCUCAAACAAUUGGAAGUGGUUGAAGGAGACUUGAUGAAGACAGAGGAUGAAUAUGAUCAGCUGGAGCAGAAAUUUAGGACUGAGCAGGACAAAGCUAACUUCCUUUCUCAACAACUGGAGGAAAUGAAGCUCCAGAUUGCUAAAAACAAAGCAAUAGAGAAGGGUGAAGUGGUGAGUCAGGAAGCAGAGUUGAGGCACAGGUUUCGGUUAGAAGAAGCUAAAAGCAGAGAUUUGAAAGCAGAAGUGCAAGCUCUUAAGGAAAAAAUUCAUGAGCUGAUGAACAAAGAAGACCAGCUUUCCCAGCUCCAAGUUGAUUAUUCCGUUCUUCAGCAAAGAUUUAUGGAAGAAGAAGAUAAAAACAAAAAUAUGGGUCAGGAAGUCCUGAACUUAACAAAAGAGUUAGAGCUUUCUAAGCGUUACAGUCGUGUCCUCAGACCCAGCAUGAAUGGUAGAAGAAUGGUAGAUGUUCCUGUGACAUCAACUGGGGUGCAGACUGAUGCAGUAAGCAGUGAAGCAGCAGAAGAAGAAACCCCAGCUGUGUUUAUAAGGAAAUCCUUCCAAGAGGAAAAUCACAUCAUGAGUAAUCUGCGACAGGUAGGGCUGAAAAAACCCACAGAGCGUUCAUCUGUGCUUGACAGGUAUCCCCCAGCAGCAAAUGAGCUUGCAAUGAGGAAAUCUUGGAUACCAUGGAUGAGAAAAAGAGAGAAUGUGUCCCAAGGUGCUCCUGAUAAAGGAGCCCGAACACGAGGUAGCCCAGGACAUCCUGGAGAGGUUGUCCUUUCCCCAAAGCAGGGGCAACCUCUUCAUAUUCGGGUGACUCCAGAUCAUGAGAAUAGUACAGCUACUCUGGAGAUAACUAGCCCAACAUCUGAGGAAUUCUUUUCAAGCACCACUGUCAUUCCAACCUUGGGAAAUCAGAAGCCACGGAUUACCAUCAUUCCUUCUCCAAAUGUGUCACAAAAAGGAAAAGGUGGCGAGAGCUCAGUGGGCCCAGAGCGUGCUAUGUCACCGGUUACUAUAACUACAUUCUCCAGAGAAAAGUCCUCAGAUGGAGGGAGAGCUCCUUUCAUGGAAAGACCCACGUCCCCAAUUCAGAUUAUGACAGUAUCUACGUCUGCAGCACCAGCAGAAAUCUCUGUUUCUCCAGAAUUGCAGGAUAUGACCAUGGGAAGGGCUGUUUUCAAAGUAACACCAGAAAAACAAACUGUCCCAACCCCAAUCCGGAAGUACAAUGCCAAUGCCAACAUUAUAACAACAGAGGACAACAAAAUUCACAUUCACUUAGGUUCUCAGUUUAAACGCUCCCCUGGUGUUGCUUCUGAAGGAGCUAGUCCUGUGAUAACGGUCAGACCAAUGAAUGUAGCAGCAGAAAAGGAGGUUAUGACUGGUACCGUCCUUCGUUCCCCCAGGAACCAUUUCUCCUCCAGGCCCGGAGCAAGCAAAGUGACAAGUACCAUAACUAUAACUCCGGUUACAACAUCAUCCACACGAGGAACACAAUCAGUGACAGGACAGGAUGGGUCAUCACAGAGACCUACACCCACCCGUAUUCCUGUGUCAAAAGGUAUGAAAGCAGGAAAGCCAGUAGUGGCAGCCCCAGGAACAGGAAAUGUGACAAAAUUCGAGCCUCGUGCCGAGACUCAGUCUAUGAAAAUAGAACUGAAGAAAUCUUCAGCCAACAGCUCUGCCUCCCUGGGCGGGGGGAAGGGCUGAGGGCAGUGGCUAAGGGGGUAUGUUGUGCAGGUUUUACUGCUACCAUGGAAAUCAACCCCCUGUCUGUUAGUUGCUGGUGUUUGCAUUUACUAAUUAAGUCCUGAAACUGUCACUUAACAUAACAAACUAAUAGGUGUGUGUGUGGGUGUGUGUGGGUGUGUCUUGACUUUAACAAUAUAAUUUUGUUUCUAUGCUGGGCUAAAAAGCUACUUGGAAGCUCGUAAUGUUUGCAGACAAUGAAAUCAGACUGAGCAGCCUCACUUACACAUUGAUCUUAAUUCAGGCAGGGGUUAUUGAAUUUAUUGAUAGGAUGGGCCACUUCUUAAGAGAUUGUCUCAUGGUACCACUUUCCAUCUCACUCACAAUCGCAUAGGGCACUUUCCCUCCUUUUCAAUGAUCAUUUAACAUUCCUGAGACAACUAAAGCAUUGCUUGCCUAAAGAAGUAAUGCUAGAAAAGCCAUGUAUUUUUAGGUCUCUUUUAAUGAAGUCUCAUAGCUAAAACAAAGAGGAAGAGCCAGCAACAUGUGACCAGCCAUCUCUCUAUGGAUCGGCAGUGCUUCACAGACCGCAGUUUGGAAAGCUCUGAUCUAACUGAUUUUUUGUUACAGCCACAAUUUGGGCCUGAUCCAAAACCCCUGGAAGUCAAUGGAAUUACUUUCUUUGGGCUUGUCUAUACUUUUGGCUAGAUUCACACUGCUGUGAUCAAUGCAGUGGUGUCGAUUUAGUGGGUCUGGUGAAGACCCACUAAGUCAAUGGCAGAGUGCUCUCCCAUCUACUCCUGUACUCCAGCUCCUCGAGAAGAGUAAGGUAAGUCAGCAGGAGAGCAUUUCCCAUCAACACAGCGGGAUGUAGAUACCGCAAUAAGUGGAUCUAGCUAUUUCAACUUCAGUUAUGUUAUUCACGUAACUGAAGUAGUGUAACUUAGAUUGAUUUACUGUGGUAGUGUAGACAAGGCCUUUGACUUCAGUUUACUUUGGAUCAGGCCCAUAAUCAGAAAGUGUGCUGUAGUUUAACUUCAGCUGCCUGAAGUUAAGUUCUUCUGUCUUAGAACAGUCCUUUAUACAGACAGUUAAUGGUGCAAAGUAAUUGAUGGAGAACUCUGCUCAGAUACAGAGGGUAGGGGACAGAGGGCUUUGCACCCAACUUACUCUGAAUUCCAGCGUGUUCCCUGAAGUUUGGUAUGUGUCUAUCUCAAAUAAAGACCCAGUUUACAGUGCUAUGGAGUACCAGUUUGUGUUUUGUUUUGUUCUGGUUAUACUGAAGUAUUUGCAUUUUUUCCAUUUGUGGUUUUUUUUAGCAUGUUUUAAGGAAGUAUUUCAGCAUGGAAAUGGGUGUAGAUGUAAAUGAUUGAUGUCAUUAUUUUGUUUGAUAGCACCAUAAUUUCCCCAGAAAACUCAAUUUCCACACAAGUAAGAUACAAUAAAUGAACUCUGGGUUGAAGUAACUUGACAUGCUGUGUCUCAGCCAGAAGGUGCAUUUUAAAAAUAUAUAAUGAUUCAACCAUUUGAGUGAGCUAUUAAGAGUCCCACAACUAUGGGUGCCCUUGCUGGAGGAGAGAAGAGAAAGGAAGAUGACUCAUGCAGCAUGAAGAAUACAAGUGUAACGCAAAAUGAAUUUGAGGGAGAAUUCUAAGUGAAGAAGUUAAGCGGCUGAAGGAAGCAAAUGCAGUUAAUAGGAUGUACAGGGUCAAUGCAAUGAACCAAGAGAUUGGGGGAUUAGUUUCUCUUGUGAAGGAGAGGUUGAAAGAAGAGUCUGUCAGUGGAGGGCAACAAAAAUGUGGUAGAAUCAGGCAAUGUUUAUCCUUAAUCCAUACUUUCGGCUGCUACCCUAUUAAAGAUCCAGAUAUUUCCGUUAGAGAGCUUACCCCAGCUUCACUAUCUUGAAGGCAUUCUUAUUCUUCUUUCAUGCACAUGUCCUUCUGAUGAACAUCACAAAAAUAACAGAGUCCUUUGGCACCUUUAAGACUAACAGAUGUAUUGGAGCAUAAGCUUUCGUGGGUGAAUGCCCAUCCACAAAAGCUUAUGCUCCAAUACAUCUGUUAGUCUUAAAGGUGCCACAGGACUCUCUGUUGCUUUUUACAGAUCCAGACUAACACGGCUACCCCUCUGAUACCGAUCACAAAAAUAUUGAUUCUGAUUUUCACAGGUCCUCAAGCAUCUUCCAUUAACCUGCAUCUCCAAUUAACUUUGGAAAUGUAGGUGUUAGGACAUCUGAAAAACAGACUCAUGACUUUAUAUAUAUAUAUAAUUUUCCUAAUAGCAGAACCAAACUUGGAACUUCUUCUUGGGAAUUUGUGAGUUACUGACCAGAAGUGCAUCAACUCCUUCCAGCUAAUUGUUAUGCCCAAUAAAUGCCCCAUACCUCAAUUUGUCAAUUAAUCAUUAGUGAGUUCUUAUUAUUUCUAAGUAUCAGAGCUUUUUCAGCAGAAGUUCUAAACAUAACAUGAAGCUAAAAGCUCAUUAUAACACUAAAUGCUGAGCUAAACCAAAUCUUCCACUCAGUUCAAAACAGUAAUUUUAAAUGCUGCAAAGUAGACGAGCCCCCUGGUAAUGUGGUAUGAUACAGUAAUGAACUAUAGAUGGCUUAAGCCUUCUUUUUCAUAGCUUUUAAAAAGAAACUAGCCUUUCCUAACUUAAGUGAUGAUAUAUAUGGGACAAUAGUCUAAAUGUGCCUGCCUUUGAAAGCAGCAUCUGUUUUGGAUGGGAUUUGAGAGACUACUUUAUCUGAAGAAGAAACCAUCAGAUCGAACUGGAUAUCCAGGGCCACCACUGCACAGCUAGAAUUGGAGAGGCAAACUAGAAGUACCACUUGUGGAGUUAUCAGGACAUGUGAGAAGGAAUCCAGCAACCCCAGACGAAAGAGAAUUGACAAGUCAGACUAGUAUUUUGAGGAUUCAGUAGCAGAGCCCAUUGCCAGGACCAGACCAGAAAAAAAUCUCUGAUCCACAGCCAACCUAGCAAAAGGUCAAGGAAUCAGAACCAGGCAAAAGGGUGUUUCUAAAACUAAUCUGGGAAAAAAACCCACAAGCAAACAAAAAGUAACAACUUAUGAAUAUUGGUAGGAAAAGACCCUGAAAACAUAUUAAUCUUGUUUAAAUAUUAGCAAGAAGAGGGCAGGUCGCAAUUUACAAAGCUUCUCAAAAGGAAAGAAAGAUAAAGUGUAAGGGCUGAUGUAAGCCAAAGGGUAAUGUAAAUUAUUUACUAAGUAUUGAUGUAUAAGGGUUUAUUCUGAGGAUCACAGAAAUGAAAUAUUUUGUAUAAACUGGAGAAAACUGUAUGCCUAUAAGUACUUAUGGAUAUCUGUUUUAAGUUUAGUGUGCAUCUUUGGUUAAAAAAUUAGAUGAGUUCAGCAUUUUAUAAUAUGUUUUCAUUUACCUGAAGUUUGCUACUCUAAGUAGAGAGCGGGCGGGAAGGGAAUUGCAACAAUAAUAACAAAAAAGGCUUAUAGCUCAAAAGUCUUAAAAAGUUGAAGGUUAGCUGUCUUGAUUAUACAGUUUAGAGUCCCUUUUCCUCUGAAGGUAGCAAUCUAGUUAGUGACUACAAUAAGAUAAGCCACUCAGCACCUUAAAAACUUUGUCUAGUGGAAGAAGCAUGACUGUUACAAUAUCUCUGUCUGUGAGAAAGGUCUCAGCUAACUCAUUGUUCUUACAUCACAAAAGUGUUCCAGCAUCUAUGUGUGGAGUUAAGGACAGAGUAACCUCCAUAACUGAAUUUCCCUGUAUUUGAUUUUAAAUCUGAUCCUUAACACAAGUUUCUACUGAAUUAUAUAGGGCCAGAUGCCGUCACCCUUACUCAUGCUAAGUACAGCUUGUUCAUGUGAGUAGUCUCAUGGCCAUAAACAGAAAUACUGACCUGACUAAGAGCUGCUCAGUGUGAGAAAGGUUGCAGAAUUUGGUUCAUAAAGACAUGCAAUCUCUAGUCUAAGGGGUUUCUUUCAGAUCUUAAAAUAUGCUAAGCAAACAAUAUCUUGACUUCAUAUGGCCACUUUGAUCUUUAGUUGUUUACUCUUUUCAUUUUAUGAUCACAAUCCUUCACUGUGAUUAAAAAAGCAAAUAACACAGUGGUUCUCAAACUAUUGUACAGGUGACACCUUUCACAUAGCAAGCCUCUGAGUGCGACCCCCCCUUAUAAAUUAAAAACACUUUUAAAUAUAUUUAACACAAUUAUAAAUGCUGGAGGCGAAGCGGGGUUUGGGGUGGAGGCUGGCAGCUGGCAACCCCCCCCCCCCAUGUAAUAACCUCACGACCCCCUGAGGGGUCCCGACCCCCAGUUUGAGAACCUCUGAAAUAUCUUCUGACUUUUAUAAAUAUGACCAUACAGAAUGUACAUGACAGUAUUUAAACUUUAAACCACUUACUUGGUGAUUAAUAUCAUGUGCAUAAUCUCUAAAACAGAAUUGGUCUGCAAAGGUUCAUGCCAAUUAUAUUUUUUACUAAAUACUAGAUUAUUACCUAAAACAUGUUAAACGUGUUUUCAGAUCCUCUCAAGGUUAAUGCUAAUGUUCGGUGACUGAUCAGAAUUCCAGAGCACAUCUUUAAAGAGGGAAGUCUACCGUCCUACCAUGUUUCAGGUUUUUGACACAGGCUACAACAAUAAGGAUGGUUUUCAGACAGUUAUAUGUUCCUAUCGCAUAUCAGUUGUUGACAUCACUAAGUCAGUUUGAAACCUGUAGUAUGCUGGCAGUAGUUUCUAUGAGCUCAUCUUUUAAACUUGUUCUCCUUUAGGGGAAUAUUUUUCUCUUCCAUCUGUGUGAGUAAUUCUCAUUCCCUUAACUUUGACUGAGCUCUCCCAGACAGAGCUCUUUCUAACAUUUGUCAUUAUAGAUGUUGACUUCACUUUGAAACUAUCUUACUACUUGGUCUCUGUUCUUAUUUGGGUUUUUGGAAAACAUCAAGAGGGUUAACUACUUUCAAAUUGGGAGCUAUCAGCUGCAGGAACAAAACCAUGUAGGACCAUGUGUGGGUUUAUUUUAUUUUAUUUUAUUUUAUUUUUUGGCUUCUUGCAAGAUUCAAGUAUGAGCAACUCCCUAUAUUAAAAACUCUUCUAAACAUGAUUUUAAAAGUUCAGAAAUAGUUAUGUUGGUACAUGAUCCACUUUUGUCACUGGGACUUAUAUUGUCUCCAGUAUAUCUUUUUGUAUAAUUUGGUAUUAUCCAUUCAUGUAAAUUGUAAAAAGAAAUUUAAUUUAAAUUUCAAAUGUUAAAAUGUCAGUUGAUUUGCUUUUAUUAUCUGAAUUGGUCAGGCUUUAUGCAAAUUGUUCACUAUGGGCCAGAUUCUAAACUCAUUUACAACAGUGUAAAUACAAAUAAUUGCAAAGACCUCUGAUUUACAGCAAUAUAAUUUAAAUCUGAAUUUGGUCCUAUCCAUACAGAUGUCUUUAUUUAAUUUUAUCAUUAGAAUAAAUUAAGUUUUGUUUCUUUAAGUAAAUGUAUAACUCAUGGAAGCUGUAAGAUUUAUAGUCCCAGAAGCACUCUCUCUAGCCAUUGCCAGAUUAUUCCUACAUCACUGUGCCAGAAUAUAUCAGGGAUGGCCAAACCAUGGCUCAUGAGCUGCAUGCGGCUCUUUUACAAUUAAAGUGUGGCUUGUGGAGCCCCUCCAGGCCCUCCCUUCUCCACCUACCAGAUGGGGUGGGGUGGGGGGAUCUUGGGACCUCUGCCUUGCAGCAGGGUGAUGGGGUAGGGGCUUCUGUCCAGUGGGGAGGGGCAGUCUUGGGACUUCAGCCCCAUGGGGUGCACCUACUGGGGCUCAGGGCUCAGCAGGAGCGGGGCUGAAGCCCCAAGGCCUGGCAGAUGCCUCCCACAGGGCAAAAGCCCCGAGCCCAGCGGGUGUGCCCCGGCUUUCCACUUUCUGAAGAUUGUUGUAUGCGGCUCAGAGUGUCAGUAAGUUUGGCCAUCCCUGGUAUAUAACCUAUGAAAAUUUUAGACAAACACCUCUUUGGACAUCUAUUUUAAUAGCAAAAAUACAUGCAUGACUACAAAGUCAAACGUUAGAAGGGGUGAGGUGUAAGAGAAAUUAAUGAACACAUGAAUAAUGGAAGUAUACGCAAUGUAUGACUUCUUAAUCCUCUCUAGUCUCUGACCUCCCCCUGCGUACUUGUUAUGUUUGGUCUAUAAGAGGAAGACUUUGAUUUUGAAACCUUACUAUAGUUACACUGUUCAGUUAUUAAUUGGACCUGUACAAGGAAGAAGACAUUUUCUGCCUACCAAAUUUUUGUUUUUAAAUUGUAAAUUUUGUCUUCAAACUCUGUGUAUAGAUAUCUAAUGUAUAUACUGGAUAUUAAGAACCAUUUUCUUAAAAUGAGCUCAUGUGACUCCCACUGAAAUUAAUAGAUGUGUUCAUAUAUGAGUAAAAUUUGAUGUUAAGCAAAUAGAGCUUUUACCUUGCUUCAUAUUCUCCAAGAACCUGAAGUUAUAAAACUGCAUUGGUGGUGAAGGUUUACUUUUACUACAGUUUAUGAUUCCUGUAUGUUCAUUAUUCAAAUCUGGGAGGAAAUAUAGACAUGGAUGGAUGGAAAAACUUACAUAAAUCGUAAAUUAAUGUAGAGAAAUACACUUUAUUGGGAAAUUCCAUUGUUUCACUUGUGUCCCCACAUUCUCCUAAUUGUUGUCUUUUAGCCUUGUUUUAUCCAUAUGAGUAAAAUAAUGAAAAUAUGCCAUCUAGUGGUAAGGUUCUGGCAUAAAGGGUAAAUGAAAUAUUUGAACAUUUUUUCUGUUUUAAAAUUACAAUAUUGUACAAUUCCCACAAUCAAACUUUUUACAAACGUAUUAUUUUUAAAAGGUGAAGCAUAGGCACAUGUUAAUAAAAGUGGUAAGGAUACACUGAAUUUAUAUUUUGCAUAUCUUGUAAAUGGCAUUUGAAAACAAGGAGGGGAAGACAAUCACUGUAGUUAUAUAAGAAGUUUCAACUAUAGAAAUAAAUGCUUUUGGAAGGCACAUUAUACUACAUUUCAAAUGUCUGAUUGCAAUUUCAUCAUUUAAAACCCACAAAUAUUUUUUCUUUAAAGAUGCACUGCAUAUUGAAAUUUACAUUUAUGGUUAAACUCCGAUUUAGUAAAUAUCAUCUUGUGUGCAAUGGAAACAUAUUUAGACCAUAGGAGAGUUAAUUAAUUAUUUACUAUUUGUUGUGGUACUACCAAAAGACUAAUUAGGAUCAAGGACCUCUUAUGUUCACAUAGUACAAACUUAAGCUCUGAUCUUGCAAAGACUACACAUAGCUUUAUACAUUAUGUAUGAAAUCCUGGCUCUACUGAAGUCAAUGGCAAAAGUACUGUUGACUUCAGUAGAGCCAGGAUUUAACUAUGUGAGUAGUCCCAUGUAAGUCUUUACAUGAACUGCGCUUAAGAGGACAAGCAACCUACGAAGAAGAGGGAAGAGAUAGUCGACAUGCACAUUUUAUAGACAUAUUUUAGUUGAAUUACAUUUUUUGUAUAAUGACAGAUAUAUGGUCUGAGCAUUGAAUUUGGUUGGAGUCUCAGACUUCUGAGUUCUAAUCCUGGCUGUAACCCAGACUCGCUCUGUAGCACUGGCCAGGACAUUUCUUCUCAAUCUCAAUCUCCCAUCUUUAUAUGGGAAUAACAUCUACCUCCCAGGAGUGUUGUGAGGUUUAAUUAAAAUCUUUAAGAGUCUCUGAAGAUAAAAAAGCACUAUAUAAAUGCUAAGUUCUAUUAACUUUAUUAAAAAUUACCUGUAUUUCCAAUUAUAUAAUAGCAAAUGUUUUGCUCUUUUCUCUUAGAGAGUGUCAUCAUUCAUCAGUUACGCAUGAACUCUAGAUGAGAUACCAUACCCAAUGUAUUCUAUAUGUGUGCACUUCCUCUGCACACCAGUUGGAUGGAUCACUGUUGAAGCCCUCUACCACUAUCACCAUGGUCUCCUGUGCUACUGAUCACUGACAGAAGUUUUUUACUGCUUCCGUUGGAUUAUAAAGAUUAUUUGUAGAGUUUUUAAAAAUAAUGGCCGUGUUGAUAUUUUGAAAAUAUGUAGAGAGAGAGAAAAGCAGUUAUGGUGCCAGCUGAAUGUUACUCUUAUUUUGGAAAGCCUAAGGCACCAGCUUGAUUUUGUUUGGUUGUGUUUGCCAUAUAAUUUAUUUUUAUAAAACACUUUAAUGUAACUUUCCCCAAACCUUCCAAUUGCUACUGUCCAUGGCGUGUUAAUUUGUAGAAUACACUGUCAAAAUUCUUAGUGUUGAUUGAUAUUUUUGUAUUAAAGACAGUAAAGAAAGUUUAAAUUUUAAUUUGAAUAGAGCUUUCUUUAUUUUUAAAUGUUAAUUUUUUCUUUAAAUGUAUGCAACACAUUUUCCUGCCACCAUAUAACUGUGAGACUAAAUGCUCAAAGGACUGCCAUACAGGGUAUACUGGUAUAGAAUUUUUCUUGUACUGUGCAUAAAACUUAAUACUAACAAACCAAAGCCCUGAAGUACUACCUGAAUUUAAAGAUUCUUUUUAAACUUUGUAAACCAGUUUUCACUAAGCUGUGAUUAUUAUUAUUAUUUUACAAUAUGUUUUUACUUCUGCCUGUACUGAAAAAAGUCAAUUUUCAUCACACUGUAACAAAUAAAUUUUCACAAGAAUACAAAUGUAAUGAAGUGUUUGGAUUAUGCCACAAAUGUCAUAAGGCUGACAAUGCUGAAAUUUAUCUUGUUUGUUUUAUUUUAUAGUAAGUACUACUGAUAAAAAAGGAAUUGUAUGUUUUUUGUAGUUGCCAUCUUCAGGCUGGUAUUUCAUUACAAUAUCACAGUGCAUACUACAUGCAUCCAGAUAUUGUCAGUGCUGUGAAGAAAGAUCUAGCAUCUGGCAAAAUUAAUGAUGCCAUUGUUUCUAACUUUGAGUUUUCACUAUGCUAUCAAAUAUCACAUCUAUAUAAGUAUAAGGAAACUGUAUUGUAAAGAUGGCCAAAUGAUCGUAAAACAACAAGACCCUAUGUAUGCCACUGCAAGGUGAACUUAAAUUUUACAGCAGUGGCCCUUCGAUGAUUGAUGCUGCAUUCUGAGGCAUAAUGAGAAUUCUGUGGUAGCUACAUUUGAAUUAAAAAUGGAUUUUUAAAUGAAUUAUAUAUGAAAUUGAAUAGAACCUGUAUGGUAUCCCUCAUGCUAUUUAUUUUUUAUAAUAAAUUCAUUUUAUUUUAAAUUUU